UUUCUUAGGUUUUGUUCCAAUUUUACUCUAAUAAUCUCUGAUCGUCUUUGUCUAAAUGUUCAGAGUUCAGAUAUUUGGGUGAUUACGGGUUGAAUUCGAAGCUAUCGAAUCUAGUUCAGGUUUUCCCAAAUCGCAAUGCACUGUUUGGUUUCAUUUAGCCAGUGAAAAAAGAAGUUCCUCUCCUUAAAGGCAUGAAUGCUUUUGGUGAAGCAUAGAAAGGUACCAGAGAUGAGCCUUGGUAAAGUCAUCUGAUUAGGCUAAACUGCAUCAGUGAUGACUCAUGGAGAAAAAUGAGAGGCACUGUGAGAGGGUCUUUUCGAAUGGAGAUGCCUAUGUUGGUAACAUGAAACAAGAACUUCCACAUGGUAAUGGGAGAUAUACAUGGUCAGAUGAAACAGUUUAUGAAGGUGAGUGGGAGGAAGGCAAAAUGACAGGGAAAGGGAGGAUUUGUUGGUCCUCAGGUGCAACUUAUGAAGGUGAUUUUUCUGGUGGUUAUGUUCAUGGUUUAGGCACCUUUACUGCAGUUGAUGGUUCUGUCUACGUUGGAGCCUGGAGGAUGAAUGUACAGCAUGGUCUGGGAAGAAAGAAGUAUUCUAACUUGGAUGUUUAUGAAGGUUCUUGGAGGGAAGGGAUACAUGAAGGCAGUGGUCGGUAUUCCUGGUAUGCUGGAAAUACAUAUACUGGGAAUUGGAAAGCUGGAAAUAUGUGUGGUAGAGGAGCUAUGAAAUGGGAAAAUGGUGAUUUGUUUGAUGGCUUCUGGUUGGAUGGACUGAGACAUGGCUCAGGUUUUUACAGAUUUGCUGAUGGGGGUUAUUAUUUUGGAACAUGGACGAAGGGCCUGAAGGAUGGAAAAGGAACAUUCUAUCCUGUUGGAGCUAAACUUCCUUCUCUAAAAAAGUGGUAUAACUCUGUUGGAUAUUAUGAUAUGAAACACAGCUUGUUAUCUCAUACUUCAUCAGCAAACUUGGAAGAUUUUGAUCCUAAAAAACCAAGAGUUAAGCGCAGUCUCUCUGAGAAGCUUUCCAUUGGUGGCAUUUUUAGGAGUCCUGGUCGAAUAUCACUCAGGGCUAAAUCAUUAGAUGGGGCUUUUCGGGUAGGUGAUCCCGUAGGUGAAGCUCCACUGUUGGACAGCUCCCAUUCAUUGUCAUUUUCCUCUAAUGAAGAUCAAAAUAAGGUUCAGGAUCACUGCAAUUUGGUGUAUGAAAGGGAAUACAUGCAAGGAGUGUUAAUUAAGGAGAGGGUUAGGAAUGAUGCAGCAGAGUUAUCACACAAAAAUAAAUGGAGAAAUAAAAUUCAACCAAAAGAACAGAGGAAGAAACCUGGUCAAGCCAUUUUUAAAGGCCACAGGAGCUACUAUCUGAUGCUUAAUCUUCAACUUGGUAUCAGGUACACUGUUGGAAAGAUCACUCCAGUACCGAUGCGUGAAGUACGAUCUUCUGAUUUCGGUCCUCGAGCAAGAAUUAGGAUGUACUUCCCGAGAAAUGGUUCCAAGUUGACUCCUCCACACAAGUCUAUUGAUUUCUAUUGGAAGGAUUAUUGCCCAAUGGUUUUUAGGAACUUGAGAGAGAUGUUCAAGAUAGAUGCUGCAGAUUACAUGAUGUCCAUUUGUGGUGGUGAUGGUCUUAGGGAGCUUUCUUCUCCUGGGAAAAGUGGCAGUAUUUUCUAUCUUUCCAAAGAUGAAAGAUUUGUUAUUAAGACUCAAAGAAGAUCUGAACUAAAGAUUCUACUGAAGAUGCUUCCUAACUAUUACAAUCAUGUGGGAGCCCAUGACAAUACCCUCAUAACAAAAUUCUUCGGGCUGCAUCGAAUAACCCUGAAACAUGGACGAAAGGUACGGUUUGUUGUUAUGGGGAAUAUGUUCUGCACUGAACUGCGAAUUCACCGUCGUUAUGAUUUGAAAGGUUCAACCCAAGGAAGAUGUACAAACAAACAUGAAAUUGAUGAGAAUACAACACUGAAAGAUCUUGAUUUGUCAUAUGUAUUUCAAAUGGACAAAUCAUGGCGUAAAUCCCUUUUUAAACAAAUCUCUCUAGAUUGCAUGUUUCUUGAAUCACAAUGCAUCAUUGAUUAUAGCCUCCUUUUGGGACUACAUUUUAGAGCUCCUGAGCAUUUGAAGGCCCUAGCAGAUUCUUCAAAUGCACUGCAUCGUGAAAGUUCUGAUGAAGGUGUAUCACACUCACAGGAGCUGUUGAUCCCUCCAAAAGGUCUGCUCCUGGUUACGCAUGAACCCAACUCCGUUAACACUCUGCCAGGCCCUCAUAUCAGGGGAAGUACAUUGAGAGCAGCAGCUGCUGGUGAUGAGGAAGUUGAUCUUUUUCUCCCUGAUACUGGAAGGUUGCGGGUGCAGCUAGGAGUGAAUAUGCCAGCUCAAGCUAUCCGCAAGGUUCCACAUGUCGGGGCUGAGUCGACAGAAAUUGAACUUGUUGAGGUGUAUGAUGUCGUUCUCUAUCUUGGUAUCAUUGAUAUACUGCAAGAAUACAACAUAAAAAAGAAAAUUGAGCACGCGUACAAAUCACUGCUGUUUGAUCCUCUGUCGAUAUCUGCUGUUGAACCCAAAGUGUAUUCAAAACGUUUUAUCAGUUUCUUAGAGAGAGUUUUUCCUGAUCAAAUGUGAAAA